AUGUCUUGCACUUCCUCUGCACACCCGCCCGCACUCAGGAGUAGCAUCGUAGCGUUCUGUGAUUUCAGAGGACGUGCACAAACGACGCAUCAAACGAACGCAAACUACGCAUGGAAACAGGAGGUUCUCCAGGAGCCACCAAUUCCAGAGUUCCAAAGCAGAUGGCCAGCACUGUUUGAUGUCAGUGAGAUUAACUUGGAGUUUAUGCGACUGACAACUAUACCUCUGACCUCCAAAUUCCUUGGAGAACUGGACCGUCAGACCGACAACCUGAUGAAGGUUUUUAAUUCUAAAGGUGGAGCAGCAGGAAGAAAGAUGGCAGCCAUAAUGGCCCAGAUGGAUAAUAAUGAAGACAUCAACGUGAGGCGAGAUUGUGUGCUGAGCUGUCUCAGCAUCUACCUCAAUGAAGACCUGGACACACUGGUUAAAGAACACAUGGACAUUGAUUCCAGAGAGGCUGAGGCAGACAUUACAGAGAAGACAAUGGGCAUCUACACAGUCCGAGCAGAGGGUCAUGGUCCUGAUGGUCCAGGUGAUGGACGCUUUGCUGAUGUUGGUGUUGUGCUGGAAGGCGUGGAAGUUCUCCAUAGCCUGCAGUGUCAGCCAUUCAUGCGUGAUGCUUUAUGGACUGAUCUAUGCACUCAACUUGAGCUAUCCAAAAAACCUGAAGCGUACAUUCGAGGUGUACCAGAAAAUCCUGAUGGACCUGGACUCAACCAAACUGUCACCAAAAGUGCAGGCACUGAAACUCAAAUUGCUCCAGUGAUAUGGCUGACGGUAAUGCACUUACACAGCCCCUACAUAAUGUGUCUCAUGUUAUUUCCCAGUCAGACUGGAUCUUGUGCUGAAUUGAAUCCCUUAGUUCUUAAAGGGUGUGUCAGGAAAAUUCCUGUUUGAUUAUUGUGUGUCUGUAAAGUUUGGUUUUUCUUUUUGUCUCCAAGCCUUUAUCAGGGAAAUGUAUCAGUUUGGCUUUGUAGGUGGGUUCAUAGAUGGGUAGUUUCUAAAGUGAGUUGGCAGGCAAUGUUGUUCCCAAAACUCAAACCAGAUUUUUUUUAAUUGUUUAUAAAUUCAGUAGACGCUAGUUAAGUGUUCAAAAAGAUAUUUGUUCUAAAAAAGUGCUUCAGUUCAUACCAACGCCUGUUUUUCUAAUAUAAUGGAAACUAUGGCCAUAGUUAAACAUAGGGACUUAUUUUGAAUGUAAACCUGUCAAACGUAGUUAUGAUGGAAAAAUCACUUUAAGAUAUAGGGUGUAGCUUCAAUUGACGUUUUCGUUAUGUAUUUAAAUAAAAGCUUGACGUGUACAUUCAUAAUAAGGCCAUAUGUUGUAUUAUUGCAACAUACAAAACAAAGCAGCUAAACAAAACUGAACAGACUGAAAGGCCACAAGUAGAGAGUAUGUGUGGUGUGGAUGGGCAGUUUAGCACUUUGCUCUGAUGAGCUGAAUUACCUGACAUUUUCUAGAUUUUUUUUAACUUGUUAGUAUUUUUUUCCUCAUGUUUAAUUCAUUAGGUUAUUUCUACAGUUUAGUCGCUCGUGUAGUACUCUGGAUGGAGAAAAAUAUGGAUGAGGGGCAAUGGAGAGGAGUGAGAUGUAUUAGAAAGAUGGAAGUGUUUGAAUUUA